AAUGCUUACAGCUGAGAAGCAGGUCAGUCAGGUUCCUGGGCGCUCUGUUACACAAGCAAGAUACAGCCAGCCCCACCUAAUUUUGUUUCCCUGGCACCCUCCUGCUCAGUGCGACAUUGUCACACUUAACCCAUCUGUUUUCUCUAAUGCACGACAGAUUGCUUUCAGACAGGACAACUGUGAUAUUUCAGUUCCUGACUGUAAAUACCUCCUAAGCCUGAAGAUUCCUUUCAAAAAAAAAAAAAAAAAAAACAAUACCAAAGAAGCCUACAAUGUUGACCUUAGCCAAAAUUCUGUUGAUUUCAACUUUGUUUUAUUCACUUCUAUCGGGGAGCCAUGGAAAAGAAAAUCAAAGCAUAAACAUAACACAGAGCACUGCAGAAGUUUUUAAAACAAUGGAAAAGAAACCUCUUUCUUUGGAAAGUGAAACAAACUUAAACUCAGAUAAAGAAAAUAUAACCACCUCAAAUAUCAAGGCGAGUCAUUCUCCUCCUUUGAAUCUACCAAACAAAAGCCAUGGAAUAACAGAUUUCUCCAGUAACUCGUCAGCAGAGCAUUCUUUGGGCAGUCUAAAACCCACAGCCACCAUUUCCACAAGCCCUCCCUUGAUCCACAGCUUUGUUUCUAAAUUGCCUUGGAAUGCACCUAUAGCAGAUGAAGAUCCUUUGCCCAUCUCGGCACAUCCCGAUGCUACACCUGCUCUGUCUUCAGAAAACUUCACUUGGUCUUUGGUCAAUGACACCGUGAAAACUCCCAAUAACAGUUCCAUUACAGUUAGCAUCCUCUCUUCAGAACCAGCUUCUCCAUCUGUGACCCCCUUGAUAGUGGAACCAAGUGGAUGGCUUACCACAAACAGUGAUAGCUUCACUGGGUUUACCCCCUAUCAAGAAAAAACAACUCUACAGCCUACCUUAAAAUUCACCAAUAAUUCAAAACUCUUUCCAAAUACAUCAGAUCCCCAAAAAGAAAAUAGAAAUACAGGAAUAGUAUUCGGGGCCAUUUUAGGUGCUAUUCUGGGUGUCUCAUUGCUUACUCUUGUUGGAUACUUGUUGUGUGGAAAAAAGAAAACGGAUUCAUUUUCCCAUCGGCGACUUUAUGACGACAGAAAUGAACCAGUUCUACGAUUAGACAAUGCACCAGAACCUUAUGAUGUGAGUUUUGGGAAUUCUAGCUACUACAAUCCAAAUUUGAAUGAUUCAGCCAUGCCAGAAAGUCAAGAAAAUGCACGUGAUGGCAUUCCUAUGGAUGACAUACCUCCACUUCGUACUUCUGUAUAGAACUAAAAGGAAAAAGGUGUCAAACAGCAAGUGUCAUCUACAUCCUAGCCUUUUGACAAAUUCAUCUUUCAGAAGGUUACACAAAAUUACUGUCAUGUGGAUUUUGCCAAGGAGAAUCAUAAAAGCAGGAGACCAGUAGCAGAAAUGUAGACAGGAUGUAUCAUCCAAAGGUUUUCUUUCUUACAAUUUUUGGCCAUCCUGAGGCAUUUACUAAGUAGCCCUAAUUUGUAUUUUAGUAUUAUUUUCUUAGUAGAAAAUAUCUGUGGAAUCAGAUAAAACUAAAAGAUUUCACCAUUACAGCCCUGCCUGAUAAUUUAAUAAUAAAAAUUAUUCCACCAAGAAAUUCUAAAACA